CCAUUAUUUCUAAAUAUGUAUGUCUUUUUCUUGCAGGAAAUUCUCGAUUUCAACCAUUUCGAUAGUGAGCGCACACCCGAAGAAGAAUUUAAAAUGGAGCUCUUCUGCGUGCUAACCAAUCAAAUAGAACAUAACUGUAUCGGUGGCACCUUAAAAGACUAUAUUGUAGGAUUGGGUAUUGUUGAGCGUGCCAUCGCUUAUAUUACCAAGCAUGCACCUUGCGUUAAGCCAACACUACUGCGCACCGAUUCCGAUGAAUUGAAAGAGUUCAUCUCGCGUCCAAGCCUGAAGUAUAUUCUACGUUUCCUCACUGGACUCGCAAGCAAACAUGAGGCUACACAGCUUGCCAUCAGCAAAGAUAUUAUACCAAUAAUACAUCGUCUCGAGCAAGUAUCCAGUGAUGAGCAUGUCGGCAGUUUGGCAGAAAAUCUUCUAGAGGCUUUGUGCACCGACGAAGCUACUGCAACAAGGGUACAGGAAGUGCGUGACUUCACACGCGCCGAAAAGAAACGCUUAGCGAUGGCCACACGUGAGAAACAACUAGACGCUCUGGGCAUGCGCACGAAUGAGAAGGGUCAAGUGACAGCUAAAGGUUCUAUACUUCAAAAAAUUGAAAAAUUGCGUGAUGAAACUGGUCUGACCUGCUUCAUAUGCCGCGAAGGUUAUGCCUGCCAGCCAGCCAAAGUACUGGGCAUCUACACAUUCACGAAACGUUGCAAUGUUGAGGAGUUUGAAUUGAAGUCGCGUAAAACUAUUGGUUACACCACUGUCACACACUUUAAUGUGGUGCAUGUGGACUGCCAUACCUCGGCCAUACGUUUGGCACGUGGCCGUGAUGAGUGGGAACGUGCUAGUUUGCAAAACGCCAAUACUCGCUGUAACGGUUUACUACCACUUUGGGGUCCAGACGUUUCGGAAGCCGCUUUCUCGGCAUGUAUGACACGUCACAGCAGUUACAUGCAAGAGAGCACGCAACGUUGUGACAUUUCCUUCCCCAGCAGUAUACACGAUCUGAAAAUGAUACUGAUGCGAUUCGCAUGGGAGCGUAGCUUCCACGAUGAUGCUGGCGGUGGUGGUCCCCAAUCGAAUAUGCACUUUGUGCCCUAUUUGCUCUUCUAUGCAGUUUAUUUGCUGUUGUCCUCACGCUCAACCGCUCGUGAUUGCAAAACCUUAAUUGCAUAUUUGACGGCCGCCCCUUCGGAUAAGUGGUUGGAAUGUGGUUAUGAAGUCGAGGGGCCGUUGUAUAUGUUAAGUAUAUCAUUGGCAUUACACAGCCAUGAAACAUGGAAUAAGCAUAAAUUGGCACAUUUGAAACGUUUAAUAGCCGUAGCUCAGGCGCGUCACAUCUCACCAUCGGUGCUGUGCAAGGCACUUUUAUCGCAAAGCGAUCGCCAAACGAAAGAUUACAUUGUCUAUCAUCCAUUUUUGAUGAUGUGGGCUCUGAUCGAUUUAAUCUAUAGCGUACUAUUCAAAUCCGUAAGCACUCCGAAAGAGGAAGAUUGGUCGAUUUCGUUGUUCGAUUACAUACGAAAGAACGAUGAAGCUAUGCUAAAGUCCACAGACACAAUUUUGCAAACUUUCACCGAAGAAUUUCUGCCGUGCACAAGAUUCGGCGAAUUCUGUGAUGUAGCUGGUAAGUGAAUUAAAUGUGUUUUU